CAGCAGGCAUGCCGCUCAUUGGAAACUGUCGAGAAACUGGAUUAUGUUCACGAAAUGGAUUAACGCUGCCUUCGUUUUUCAUUUAUUUGAUCAAAAUAGAAUAAUUAAUCUUUUAAAAACAUAGUUUUGUUGUAAAGCUACAGAACAUCGUGCCAAAACGCCACAUAGCCUUAACAUAACUAAAUCAUAGCUGUUUGUAACAUUACUACAGAAUUUUUUGCGCACUUUUUCUAAAUUUUCAUUUACAACGCAAUGUGUUUGAAUCUGUUUAUAUUUGUAUAGGUAGCCUCGUUAACCUAUUUUAUUUUACUUAGGCCUUCUUUUAUUUAUUUUCUGUCACUGGAAUAAUCUUUUCGUACAGUCAUGUGGACCUUUCUGGGAAUCGCAAGUUUCACGUACGUUUAUAAAAAAUGCGAUGCCGUUUUGACUUAUGCCCACAAAGAAAUAGUCCUGUUAGUUUUCAUCGCUGCUGGCUUGCUUCUAUCUUAUGCGAGGUAUCGCUAUGGACAGACGCACAAAGUACCGACAAUAUUACGUGUACCACUGGAACUGUUGGCUUCUCUGCCGCUUGCAAAGCGCUUCUUCAAUUCAUCAACGGACUAUACCAGCAUUAGAAACAGCUCAUCCAAAAAGGAAUCAAGUCAAAGGAAAAGGUUGGACCUGCAGAAUUCUUCAUGUACGAGCAAGGCCACCGUUGUCGCUUCAGAACCUGACGUCAUCAUUGUAGGAGCCGGCGUACUCGGUUCCGCCAUUGCCACGGUGCUGGCACGUGAUGGCCGGAGGGUCACUGUAAUCGAAAGAGACCUUAAGGAGCCAGACAGGAUCGUGGGAGAGCUGCUACAGCCUGGGGGAUACCGUGCGCUCAAGGAGCUUGGCCUUGAAAAUUCGGUGGAGGGGCUGGACGCUCACAUUGUGAAGGGCUACAUAAUCCAUGACCUGGAGAGCAGCACGGAGGUGGAGAUCCCCUACCCACGGGAGGAGGAGGCCGUCCAGUGCGGCCGCGCCUUCCACCACGGCCGCUUCAUCAUGGGGCUGCGUCAGGCCGCCCUGGCAGAGUCCAAUGUGACAUUUAUUGAAGGUACUGUGACCUGCCUAGAGGAGGAGAAUGGCUGCGUCACUGGUAUUCAGUACAGGGACAAAGAAAGCGGAGACACUAAGGAAAUUCGGGCUCCUCUGACCGUUGUCGCAGAUGGCUGCUUUUCAAAGUUUCGGAAGAACUUGGUGUCUGGAAAAGUGAAAACAACCUCUCACUUUGUAGGGUGCAUAAUGACGGAUUCUCCUCAGUUUAAGCCAAAUCAUGCCGAGCUGGUGCUAGCCAACCCGAGUCCAAUCCUCAUCUACCAAAUCUCCUCCUACGAGACCAGAGUCCUAGUUGACAUCAGAGGGGAGAUGCCCAGAAACCUCACAGAGUACAUGGUGGACAGAAUAUACCCACAGCUUCCAGAGCACCUUCAAGAGCCUUUCAUGGUGGCCCUGCAAAACGAUCGCUUGAGGUCCAUGCCAGCCAGUUUUCUUCCUCCAUCUCCAGUGAAUAAACCAGGAGUCCUUCUGCUGGGAGACGCAUACAACAUGAGGCACCCAGUGACGGGGGGAGGAAUGAGUGUGGUGCUCAAUGAUGUCAGGAUAUGGAGGGGCCUGCUGAAGAACAUUCCGGAUCUUUAUGAUGACAUGGCCAUGCUGCAGGCAAAGAAGAAGUUCCACUGGGAGCGGAAAUCAUCACACUCAUUCGUGGUGAAUGUGCUGGCACAGGCCUUAUAUGAGCUGUUUGCUGCAACUGACAAUUCCCUCCAUGAGCUCAGAAAGGCCUGCUUCCAUUACUUCAAGCUUGGAGGAGAGUGCAUUUCCGGCCCCAUCGGACUGCUGUCUGUGCUAACGCCAAAGCCGAUGACGCUAAUCGGCCACUUUUUUGCGGUGGCUCUGUAUGCGAUCUACUUCAGCUUCAAGUCGGAGUCUUGGCUCACAAUGCCACGGGCGGUUUUUAAAAGUGGGGCCAUUCUCUACCGUGCUUGUACAGUUAUGUUCCCCCUCAUCUACUCUGAGUUUAAGUACCUGGUCUACUGACGGGUGAUCAGAAAUGCCUGGGAACAAUGAGUCCUCCAUAGUGUCUUACUUGUACAUUUCUUUCACAAUUUGCAUUAGCUGCCUUUUUGGUGACUAUUACUGAAUUCAAUGCAAUCAUAAACCUUUGCUGGAAGAGGAAAAUUUGCUUGUAAAAUUGACAAAGUAAACUUACCUUUUAGUUUCUUAAAUAAUUCAUGUUUGGCCUUUUCUAUCCGAUUCGAAAGAUUAAUUGACCUUGUGAUGUUUUUAUUUAAUAUGUUGUGUGUUUGUUGGCUGGACGUUGUUGUGAAUUAACACAGUACACUUCACUUACGAGAAUAUUUUUCGACAAACCACUACGCUGCUAAAUUUGUAAUUCUUGUAUAAAUGUUUUUUUAAGCAAAGACAGGUUUUCACUAAAAAUGAGAAAAGUGCUUUCUAGCCAAUAUGGUUUUCACAUAUUGGUCCUUUAUGUCUUAUUUAAAACAAUUGCACUUAAUUCCUUAGUAUUAUCGCCAUAAAUGGAGGUUGUCUAUUGAUUGAAGUAGCCAGUUGAAAAUAAGUGAAUUAAUACUAAUUGAUUUUAUUUACACACUGCUGUACCUUAAUUGUGUUCAUUGACAGGGUUCACAAAUUAUAUAAUUAGUAUGGAUUCCAGAGAGUGUAUGUCAAUAUCCUGGUUAAAUCUAGAGGAUCCAUAUUUCAGCAAAUUGUUUUCAAAUUACAUUAUUGCCUCAACUGGCAAGCACAUUAACUGGCAUACAUAGUCAAUAUGAUUCUUUACAAUGAUCAGAUUUUCAAUUGUUACUUUAGUUUGGGUAGUGAAAGCCAGACAUGGGGGCACAUAAUGUAAUCAAAUAAGGUUAUACACAGUAAAAACACAAACUAUGGAAAGAAAAUGAAGAUUCUGAUUAAGAUGGAUAAGAAGUCAGAGCUUGCGACUUUGAAUAGUAUCCAGCUACUGUGGCUAAAAUGUAUUGCUUGAGAAUUAUUUUCCUUGUAAAUUUUGAUUGGUUUGGCGAUGCACAGUCAGUCAAAUCCACAAUGCUGUUAACAGUGGAACUUGGACAAUCUUGCUGAAAUGAGGACACAGAGUAGGCAUCUGUGGACUGCGACGUCUCGAAAUGUGCCAGUGGAACAUGAACACGAGGAAAAAAAAGUGCCUGGAUCCCUUGUUCGGCGAUGUAGAGCCACCGUGUGAACAAAACUGGAUGCCCUGGUGCUCAGAGGAGGAAGUUUCCUUUCUGCUUGGAACAUUAUGGACUCGACGCUCGCAGAAACACGCUGAACCUGAAGUGUCCGAUCAGCAAGACUGUGUUUGCGGCCUUUCCUUACUCUCUGAAAAAUGAGAACGAGGCCUUUCUGAGCUUCAUUUACACAUUUUGUGACUUUGAGAACAUAGGAACACUGCGAGACUGUUCUCUGCUUUUGGAAUUGUCGUUUGUAUAUAUGCCGUAAUUCAAUAAAUGGUUAUAUUAGGAAAAGUGCUUUUCUGGGUAUAGUACGUUUUAAAUAAUUGCAGACGAAAGUGUAGUAAUGCAGGAUUAAGGGGUCAAAUCUCUUCAAGGCACUACCUAAGGAUGUUAGAAAGAGGAUAGGCUGUGCACGUAUUGUCAAUUUAAGGAACUAGGUGAGAUUGGGGUCUGUUGUGACACAUGGUCGAAAGUUAUGCAAUGUUUUCAGAGCAUGAAAUUGACACAAAACUGCUCCAUUAAAAUCCGAGGUGAAAGAGAACGUGUAUGGGGGUGUGCAAUGUGAUUUACUUAAGGCUAGCUUGUUUCAUUUGUAACAAUGGACCCCGUGUCACAACAGACCUCGAUCUCCCCUACUAGGGCAGUGGCUUGCAAGUGUCUCCUCGGGUACCCACAGGGGGAUCCACGUAUCUCGUGUUCCAGCUCAAGCACACCUGAUUCAACUAGUCUUAGGGCUUGAUUGGUAUCAGGUGUGCUUGAGGCUGAUACCUGGAACUGCCUGAGGGUACUCAAGGAGUGGUUUGAGAACCACUGUCCAAGUUGGGCAAGAAUUCAGGCUAAUUUUGGGUUUGGCUAGGUUUAGGGUUAGGAGACGGUAAGUGUUAGGGUCGAGGGAAGAUUAGGGCGGUGCUCAGGAGCUUGGGAAAAGGUUAGGGCGAGUAUUAGUCCAUGAUUUGGAUGACCAAAAUGUUUUCACUAUGGGGGCCUAUCACAAUAGCCUUAUGUAUUUUGGUAUUCUAUUUACUGUAGGCUGUUUCUAAUCAAUUCCAAUAGAGAAAUGCCAUAUUUGAGAUGAAUCGCAGGCAUGUAAUUAGGGUUAUAGGGUUCAGAUUACAGUUAUGGUUAAGAAGAUGGUAGGCAUUAGUGUUUAGACUUAUGGGACUUGUUAUUCUGGAGCAAGGGAAAGGGUUAGGGCAAGGGUAAGGGAGUCUAUCAUGAUAGCCCUAUUUGGUAUUUUUUUUGUUGUUAAAUACUUUUUCCUAAAUAAAUUAUUUAAAACAGA